ACCUUUGCUUCCGCUAAAGGCUAAACCCACUCAUCAGAUUUUCUUCAAUUCUCAAACACACACACACAAAGAGAGAGAGAGAUAGCAAGAUAAACAUGGAAGCUCUUCUCUCCCAAUUCACCUUCCUCUCAGACCAAGCUUUACAAGACAGGAACUUUGAUCCAUCCACCAUAGAAGACCUCAUGAAGCUGUUUGAGAUUGAGUCAUACAAGGCCUGGGCAGCCAUGGAGCUUGAGCAAGAGAAAGAGGAAGAAGAAGCAGAGGAUGCUCUGCAGAAAGCUGAGGACUAUCUUGACUCUGUCAUGGAAUCUGCCAUGGAUGAGUUCAGAAGCUUUGAACUUGAGCUUGAGAGAUUGGAAAAAUCUGAACUUGAUAGCCUUGUUCACACUGCUGAGAGUGCCAGAAAAAUGGGUAGGUUAAUGGAAAAGGCUGCUUCUGUUGCUUCCAAAAGGUAUAUUGAAGCUGCUCUCAAUUCUGCUACUGCUUCCAUGAAAUCUGCUUGGAAAGGACUAUCUUCUGGCAAAGUUCAUCCUUCUUAAUUAGCCUGAAAAUGUACUGAUCAGAAGUGAAACCACAAUAAAUUAUUGAUUUAUUUUCUGCUUUUAUAUAUGCACACUCUAGAAAUGUACUAAAGUUGUCACUAUGAGCUUGAAGAACAAGUGAAAAAUUUGAAGAUUUAGUGUUCAUGAAGCAGGAAAAUUCAUUUA